AUGGAGCUUCCCGCGGAGCAAAUGGUCGUGGAAGAAAAGGCCGAAGCUCCUAAGAAGCGGAGAAGCGUCGCGGAUUUCGCUACACAAGUAGUCAAGGACACCAAAGGGACUUUGAAGCGUAUGCGCCGGCCCAAGUCAACUGCGACUAUUGCGACAUCGCCACCGCCCGUUGAGGAAUCAUCGUCGGACAAGCCAGAAGAAAAACCGUCCGAGCCUCAGCCACGAACUCCUUGGAUCGACCCUUCGGACAUGAAAGGACCCGUGGAAGAUGAAGAGGACAAGACCCUUCAUAUGGGAAGACCGCCAGGAGCAGCACCGCGCAGCAACCUCGCCGCUUUCUUCUGGUCAAGGCUAGAACUCGCUUAUAGCUUGUUUCGCGAGAGGCGUCUCGAUGAAUGUCGCGAUCUGAUUCUAAGCAAUCUGGAGAAAGCACAUGUCCCUCUCGCGUGCCGGUGUCAGUUACUACAACAGCUGGCCGUCAUCGAGCCUUACGACCACGGGAUGGAAUGCCUGGAGGAGGCGGACGAGCUAUGUCGUCAGAUGCGAAGGAUCGUUCCUGACAGUGAACAGAUUGACAAAAUGGAAAACAGAACCUCGCUGUUUCGUGGACUAUUGGAGGAGCGACACAAGGCCAUUGGAGAAGACGAAGAGAUGGCAGAGGAUGAUGACAGCUCCAGUGAGGAAGAAGAAGAGACGGCCAUGGAGGAUGACAACGCCAUCGAUAGAUUCCUAGAGAUGAUCAUGGACGAGGACAAUGACAUCCAGGCUAAGGAAGAGCCGGAGGAGAGUCAAAGCGUGCAGCAAGUCUGA